UUAGGGAAAAAAAAAAUCUCAACAGAUUGCUGGGGGUCUCAAUAAUGAGAAAAAAAGGUUGAGAAACACUGCACUAAAAUUCCAUGUACAGAGUGCAUACAGGAAAGCAAAAACAGAAGUAGAAAGUAAGAGAGGGGAUGUCACAAAGAAAAUGGAAAGUAGUGUGUUCCCUAUUUAAAACCCAUGCCCAGAGCAGGGUCUUCAGAGAACCUGGAGACCCAGGCUCACAGACCUACCAGCAUCAACCAAGACAGCAGCAUCUACAAGAUCCCCAAUGGCCUUCUCUUUCCUUUUGCUGAUCGCCCUGGUGGUGCUCAGCUGCAACUCCACCUGCUCUCUGGGCUGUGACCUGCCUCAGAGCCAUAGCCUGGCUAACAGGAGAACCAUGAUACUUCUGGGACAAAUGAGGAGAAUCUCCCCUUUCUCCUGCCUGAAGGACAGAAAUGACUUUGGGUUUCCCCAGGAGGAGCUUGAUGGCAACAAGUUCCAGAAGACUCAAGCCAUCUCUGUCCACCAUGAAAUAAUCCAACAGCUCUUCAACCUCUUCAGCCUACAGGCCUCAUCUGCUGCCUGGGAUAAGACCCUCCUGGACAAAUUGUACACUGGACUCUAUCAGCAGCUGAAUGACCUGGAAGUCUGUUUGAUGAAGGAGAUGGGGAUAGAAGAAACUGCCCUCCUCCUGAUAAACGAGGACUCCAUGCUGGCUGUGAGGAAGUACUUCCAAAGAAUCACUGUCUAUCUGACAGAGAAGAAAUACAGCCCUUGUGCCUGGGAGAUUGUCAGAGCAGAAAUCAUGAGCUCCUUCUCUGUAUCAACAAACUGGCAAGAAAGGCUAAGAAGUAAGGAAGGUGACCACAUCCUAUAAAAAAAAUAAAAAAGGUUGUCAUCAACUAAUACACUGUAUCCUACUUUCACAAGUUCAGCCAUUUCAAACUUUCAUUUCUGCUAUAAUCAGGACAGGAAUUGAGUCAAACUUGUCAAAUGUGUUUUCAGGAGUAUUAAGCAACGUUGUGUUCCACUACAUGGGCACUAGUUCCUUACAAGUGACCAUGCUGAUGUAUUGAUUUAUCUAUCUAUUUAAAUACUUAUUUAUUUAUUUAGCUAUUUAUACAUUUAACUUAUUUAUUGUUCACAUCAUAUCAUGUAUACCU